AUGCAGGACAGUAUGGCAAGAACAAAGAAAACCAAGAGAAUAGAAAACUCUGAUGGCUCCUCUUUCCGGGUUCCGAUUAGUGAAACAUCGGACCAGCCGCCUGAUACUGCAGGGACCCAAGGCGGCCCUUCUGCCGAGAGCUCUGAGGAGGGAGCUAAGGUAGUUCCUUCCCAUUUCACUGUUGACCUGGCCAGUCGGCAAGUGACCCCCGAAGAACAAGAGGGGUCGGCCCCUUCAGGAAAUGGGGAAGAGUUAGACUCCUCUGAUAGUGAGUCCAGCUCUAGUUCGUCGAGCCGCCUCUCUAUAAGCUCAGAGGAGAGGCACAGUCGAUUGCAUGAGGCGAGAGACUCUCACGCGGCUGAAAAGGGAGAAGCUGAAGCCAUGGACCAAAUCACUGCUUCCAAGAAGGUGGCCGCCAUGCUACGAGCCUCCAUAAUGCAACAGAAGCGGACUGCUUCUAACUCUCCUGCAAAGGAGACGCCCACCGCGCAGGCCACUGCCAACAUUCGUACUGAGUUGGAGGCGGCCAAGAAGAGAAACAACGAGCUGGAGGUAACGGUCAAGAGUCUUAGAGAUGAGCUGAGGCCACUUAAGGAGAAGAUGACUCAAUACGAUACCUUGGAGAAAUCCUUGGCUUCUGUCAAGGAGCGCUUGUUCCGAUAG